CUUUCAGUCAGUCAGUCAGUCAGUCAGGAUUUACGGUGUGUGAUAGUAGAUCUAGAAUUUCUCUUCUCUCAUUCUCACGACCACAGUUGAUCGUUGUCGUCGCCGGCGGAAAGAAAGAAUGGAAGCCCGUCAGAACUGGAGUAAGAAGCUGGAGUUUUUGCUGGCCAUCAUCGGUUAUGCGGUCGGCCUGGGAAAUGUCUGGCGAUUCCCCUACCUUUGUUUCCGAAGUGGUGGAGGAGCCUUCCUGAUCCCGUUCUUCAUCAUGCUGGUGGUGUGUGGCGUGCCUUUGGCCUACAUGGAGAUGGCCAUUGGUCAGUACACCAGGCAGGGACCCAUUGGCGCCAUCGGGAAGAUGUGUCCCUUCUUCAAAG